CCCCAACUGCAACUGUCAACGUGACACGACCCCUGCAACUGUCCUGAACGUGACAUUGCCUGCACUCCCUACGUACCACCAAAACCAAAAGGCCAAAGCUAGGCCGCCGCUGGCCAAUCUACCAAAGCAAAGCUCCAUGGAUUACACUACUCCUCCGACCUGGGCCGCGUUCGCCGGGCUCGCUCUGCUGGCGAUCAUCUCGUACGUGGGCGCCGUGCGCCGCCGCCGCAGCGGGAGACGGUACCCGCCCGCGGUAGGCACGGUGUUCCACAAGCUCUACCACUUCCGGCGCCUGCACGACUACCUCACGGACCUGUCCCGCGGCCGCAAGACCUUCCGCCUGCUCGCGCCCGGCCGGCGGCUCAUAUACACGUGCGACCCGGCGGUGGUGGAGCACAUCCUCCGGGCCAACUUCGCCAACUACGGCAAGGGCGCGUUCAACCGCGACAACACGGGCGACCUGCUCGGCGACGGCAUCUUCGCCGUCGACGGCGACAGGUGGAGGCAGCAGAGGAAGAUCGCCAGCCACGAGUUCGCCAGCAGCGCCAUGCGUGACUUCAGCGGCGCCGUCUUCAGGACGAACGCCGCCAAGCUCGCGGCCGUCGUCGCUGUCAACGCCGCGUCGAAGCAGCCCAUGGAAUUCCAGGGCCUACUGCAGAAAGCGGCGAUGGACACCAUCUUCGCCGUCACCUUCGGUUCUGACCUCGACACGCUGGGCGCAGCGAGUUCAGGCGGCGGCGGCGGCGGCGGCGACGAGGGGAGCCGCUUCGCCUCGGCGGUGGACGACGCGAGCGAGUUCACCCUGCUCCGCUACGUCAACCCGUUCUGGAAGGCGAUGCGGCUGCUCAACGUCGGCCCCGAGGCCGCGCUCAGGGAGCGGGUGAAGGCCGUCGACGCGUUCGUGUACGAGCGCAUCCGUGCCAGGUCCGAGGAGCUCAGGGCGGCGGCAGCGGCGGCGCGGCAGGGGGGCCUCCCCGUGGCGAGGCGAGACAUGUUGUCCAGGUUCAUCGAGGCAGCCACCACCACCGGCGGUGACGGUGCUGCUACUGCAGGUGCAGGGACGGCGGCGGCGGCGGCGGCGGUUGAUCACAAGUACCUGAGAGACAUCGUGCUGAGCAUCGUGAUUGCCGGCAAGGACACGAGCGUGGAGGCACUCGCCUGGUUCUUUUACAUGGCGUGCAAGCACCCGCGGGUCCAGGAGAGGGUCUUUCGCGAGGCCAGGGAGGCCACCGGCGAGAAAGCGUCGUCCAUGGACGAGUUCGCUCGGUGCCUCACCGACGAGGCGCUGGGCAAGAUGCACUACCUGCACGCUGCCCUGACGGAAACGCUCAGGCUCUACCCUGCGCUUCCCUUGAACAACAAGGAGUGCUUCUCGGACGAUGUGCUGCCGGGCGGCUUCAGCGUCGGCAAGGGAGACGUCGUCUUCUACGUCCCUUACGCCAUGGGGCGAAUGGAGUACCUGUGGGGCAGCGACGCCGAGGUCUUCCGGCCAGAGCGCUGGCUCCACGACAACGGCGAGUUUCAGCAGGAAAGCCCCUUCAAGUUCACAGCUUUUCAGGCCGGUCCGAGGAUAUGCCUGGGAAAGGAAUUCGCGUACAGGCAGAUGAAGGUGCUGGCGGCCGUGCUACUCCGCUUCUUCGUGUUCAGCCUGCGGGACGAGGAGGCCAGCGUCAACUACAGGGCCACCAUUACGCUCCUCAUUGAACACGGCCUCCAUCUGAUGGCAACGCCGAGAUGAGUGACAGUUUGUCAGUUUCUUAUGUGGAAGCAUUAAGGCAUGAGGCAUCCACAGUGUAUAGCAUCGUUCUAAUGUUUGGAACCGGCUGUAACUGCGACCAUGCUACUAAAAACACUCAGCAACAACAGUGUGUUAGGAAGAAGUGAGCGGUGACGAAAUCGUGGUUUAUUUUAUAGGACCCUUCUAUAUAUACAAAAGCAACGCCGAGAUGAUUGAUAAUUUCCUGUAUCCACGUUUUUAGAAUGGGUGUUUGGUUUGUAGAAUAAA